UAGAUUGCUCAAUCGUUGUGCACCUGCAUUCAGAAUCGGUUGCGUCUUGUUAAAAUGAAACCUCUUAUUAUUUUCUGUGUCCUAUUAUUGGCAGCAUGUAUAUCUAGUGAAACACCGGCUGAACAGUGUGAAGGUCAAGAGUUCGAUAAUUUGCAAGAAAGAAUUCAAAUCACACCGUGUGGUAAAUCUCGAUGCAAACUUACAAAGGGCACCGUUACCACAGUAACAUUUAAAUUUAAACCAAAAACUGUCGUGAAAUCGCUUACAAACGAUGUUUAUGCGGACAUCGCAGGGUUGCCCUUGCCGUUCCUCGGGGUCACCGGCUCUGAUGCCUGUCCCAACGUGAAAAAGGCUGAGGACGGUUCCCCUGCACCCUGCCCUCUUCAACCGGACCAAGAGUACGUCUACACCAAUACUUUCCCGAUCGAAUCCUACUAUCCGCAGGUCAACCUUCGCGUCCAUUGGGCUCUUCGAGAGGGUAAUCAUGAUGUUAUUUGUUUUGAAGUUCCCGCAGUCAUAGCGCCAGGUAAAAAAAAGGCUAAACUUAAUUGAUUGCGACUUAUUGUUUUGUUUGUUCACCAUAUUAUCUCUCGGAAACUAACUAACUAUAUCAGAACAGUAUAAUGUUAUAACAUUGUCUCUAGUUAACUGAGACAUUGUUAUAACAUAAUAUGUAACAAUGUUGUAAAUCAUGUGAAUCAAAUAAUAAAAAAUUUAACACAAUUACAAAGAUUGUUUAUAAUUCCAAUGACGUCAAUUAAACUAUUUAUUCAU